CCGCGAUGUCAACGGCGGAGGCUUGGGGAGCUCUCUGUUAGUGAGCCCACGGCAUUCUCCUUUCAUCCUUAUCUAUACUGCCGCUUCUUCGCAUCAUCCCGUGCCGGAAGUGGGAAGAUACCAACUGCCAUCUACCUACUUAGUGCCUAGGCAGCCAAGCACUGGUGAAGCACCUUCACUUGUGGCUUGUGGCUCUUCAACGCCCGGGCAACUCUUGUACAGACAGCUCUUGUACGACACCAGUCCGUCGUACCCACCCGUGAUGCGGCUGACAGGCAAAGAAGCUACCGCCCGUACCAUGGUCAACCCUGAGAAGAUGCCGCACGAGCACACGCCCCUCCUCUCGACCGUGGCCACUGCUCCUCCGCGCCAUCGCUAUGCUAACCAUGCCGUGCGACGCUUCUGCACCAUCGCCCUGUCCUGCAGCCUCAUAGCCUUGUUCACCACAUUUCUCUUCUCCUUCGGCAUUGAUCGCCACGGCCACCAAUCGGGCUUCUCAUGGCCCUCGCGCAAGGGCAGCCACCUUAGUUACGAGCAUCUCAAAACGAUCCUGCUGGAGACGCCAAGCAGCGAGAAGGCCCAGGAAUGGCAGAAGUACUACACCGAGGGCGCCCAUCUGGCUGGCCAGAAUUAUUCUCAGGCGCUCUGGACCAAGGAGAAGUGGGCAGAAUGGGGUAUCGACUCGUCAAUUGUCACAUAUGACAUCUAUCUGAACCGACCCGUCGACCAUCGCCUCGCAGUCUUGGACAAGUCAGGCUCGAGUGACCCCUCGACAUGGAAGGUAUCAUUCGAGGCGUCACUCGUUGAGGAUGUCCUCGACGAAGACCCCACGACUGGCUUCGACACGAGUAUCCCAACUUUCCACGGCUAUUCUGCCAGUGGGAACGUGACUGGUCAGUUUGUUUAUGUCAAUUAUGGCACCUAUCAAGACUAUGAAGAUCUCGUCAGGGCUGGCGUCGCCUUGGACGGCAAGAUCGCUAUCGCACGAUACGGUGGCAUCUUCCGAGGUCUCAAGGUGAAACGGGCACAGGAGCUGGGUGCCGUUGGUGUCAUCCUCUACUCGGACCCUGGCGACGACGGGGAAGUCACCGAGGAGAAGGGCGUGGAGAAGUACCCCAAGGGCCCCGCGCGUCAACCCAGUAGUGUGCAGCGCGGAAGCACCGAGUUCUUGAGCUUUGCGCCGGGGGACCCGACUACUCCUGGCUACCCUUCCAAGCCUGGCGUUCCUCGAGGACCGACCGAAUCGUAUAUCCCAAGUAUCCCGAGCAUCCCCAUCUCGUACCAGGACGCAUUGCCUAUCCUCAAGGCUCUAAAUGGCCACGGGCCAUCUGUCAAAGACUUCAACAAGUACUGGCAGGCAGACCUCGGUCUUGGAUACAAGGGAGUAAAUUACAGCGUCGGUCCGUCGCCUGAAGACAUUGUUAUCAACCUCUACAACGAGCAGGACUACAUAAUCACACCCAAUUGGGACGUCAUUGGCAUCAUAAACGGAUCCAUCCCCGAUGAAGUCAUAAUAGUUGGCAACCACCGCGAUGCCUGGAUCGUGGGCGGUGCAGGUGACCCAAACAGUGGAUCCGCUGUCAUCAACGAGGUUAUCCGCAGUUUUGGAGAGGCUCUCAAGAAGGGCUGGAAGCCAUUGCGAACCAUCGUGUUUGCCUCGUGGGACGGUGAGGAGUACGGCCUACUAGGAAGUACAGAGUGGGUGGAAGAAUAUCUGCCGUGGCUAUCGCACGCCAACGUCGCCUACCUCAACGUGGAUGUUGGAGUGCGAGGACAAGACUUCCAUGCCUCGGCCGCUCCUCUACUCAACGGCAUCAUCCACGACGUCACGGCUCAAAUCCCCUCACCUAACCAGACAGUCAAGGGCCAGACGGUUUACGACACAUGGGAUAAGAAAAUCAGCACACUGGGCAGCGGAAGCGACUACACGGCCUUCCAAGACUUUGCUGGUAUCCCUAGCAUCGAUUUCGGGUUCGGGGCCGGACGGAAAGACCCGGUCUAUCACUACCACUCCAACUACGACAGUUUUCACUGGAUGACUGAGUUUGGUGACCCAGGCUUUGUCUACCACCGAACAAUGUCGCAGAUCCUCGCGCUCGCCACCGCCAAACUCGCUGAUGAGCCGGUGCUUUCCUUCGAGGCUGCCACCUACGCCACCGCUCUUGACAAGUAUGUCAGCAGGGUCGAAGAAAAGCUUGCUGCCGCAGUCAUUCAGUCGGAGCCAACGGACAAAGACGAGAUUAUUGCAAUGCGCGGGAGCUUUAUUCGACAGGAGGCCGAGGUCACAGGGGAGGUUGAGGGCUUCCGCAGAAGCCUCGUGAAGCUUCACGAGGCCAUCGCAGGCUUGGCGACCGAAGCGAGCAAGUUGGACGCCAAGAAGGCCGAGCUUCAGAAGGAGGUCAGCGAGGAGAUUCCAUGGUGGAAGUGGCCCAAGAAGCUGAGGCUCGGAUACGAGAUCCGCAAGGUCAACACAAAGUACAAGUACCUGGAUCGUGAUUUUAUCUACCCAGAGGGGCUCGAUGGACGCCCCUGGUUCAAACACAUUGUCUUUGCGCCGGGCUUGUGGACUGGCUACGCCGGAGCUGUUUACCCGGGCCUGGUGGAGAGUAUCGACGCGAAGAACUAUACCAAUGCAAUUCGCUGGUCUGGUAUCAUCGAGGACUCUGUCAAGACGGCUACUGCCAAUAUCAAGGUUGGCCAUCAUGGCUAGAUGAGGAGAUGGCAACAAUAAAAAGAAUAUUUACCUGUCUAACAGGUCUGCUUGAUUCAUCGUGGGCAAUAAGGCGUGCUGUGGAGACAGCAGUAUUGGUGCCUUCAUCGCAAAUUCAGAAGAAGCAAUUCUUCGAUCUUCUUCAGUCUCAAGUGUACAAAUUUGAUACUAUACUUGAAAUCACCAAACCGUCUUGCACAAACAUCGGCGUUUAUGCAACGCUGGCGCUGCGCACUUCGCUGCCUGUAACAGGCCACUCAUUAACACGUGCCAUCCGCACACAUCUUUGUACUUGUUGAAGG